UCCGUACGGCUAUACAUUUGAAACCGGGCUGGACAAAAAUAAGUGUUAAACGUCUAAUGAUAGAGUAUGAUAUUAUUUUCGUGUAUAAAGCGUUGAAUGUGGAUUACGGUGGUUAUAUAAAAAUGACACACUGUUUUUGAACUGGAGUCGGACGGUGGGGUUUAAAUAAUGUGACAGUGGUCCUGUCAUGUCGGCGUCUGCAGAGAAGAGCGAAUGAAACAUAAUCUGGAGCACUUUUCAAGGACAAAACACGCGUCUUUAUUUCCACGGAGGAGAGAAGAUCUUGACAGCGGCCUAUUUUAAUGGGUGAAGAAAUCGAGAUUUCACUCCAGCAACGUAUCUAUAUAAAUAACUAAUUUCAGGACCUAAAUAAGGACAAUUGAAGAACUUUAAACGGAAUUUUGACUGUAAUAAAUCAAACCUCAUCUAUGAUAAACAAACUGAAAUAAAAUUCCAUUAAUACACAUUUUCUUUUUUUGUUUUUUUCCAAACAUCAUCAUUGGAACUAAACAAGGACAUAAAUGUGAGAACUUCAAAUGGCAUGACAUUAUUUUCAUUUUCACUGAGCUUCUAACCUUAGUGUACACCAGAUAUUUUGGCACAAACUACUGUAGAUAUUAUUACAUUUAAGGUUUACAAUGCUGGAUUCUAAGAUGAAGGACAUGUGUCGGAUCUGUGCAAGGGAGCUGUGUGGUAACCAGCGGCGAUGGAUCUUCCACCCAACUGGCAAGCUGAGUCUGCAGGUGCUGCUUUCAUAUGCAUUGGGCAGAGAGAUGAUCCGAGAUGGACGGGGAGAGUUUGCCUGCAGCAAAUGUGCCUUCAUGCUGGACCGCAUGUACCGCUUUGACACUGUGAUCGCCAGGGUAGAGGCGCUAUCCGUUGAACGGAUGCAAAAGCUCCUGUUGGAGAAAGACAGGCUCAGACAGUGCAUCGGUGGACUCUACCGUAAAAACAAUGCUGAUGACUUUGGGGUCAUCACUGAAGUGGACGACAGUGCCGCAGACUCUCCUGUAGUGGACUUUACUGACUUGGCUGAGUCUAAAUACAGCACUCUACUGCAGGAAGAUCUGACAUACUCCGUCUAUGAGUCCUGGGCUGAGCAAAGCACUCCAGAGCAACUUCAAGACCAACAAUACCCUGUUCACCACCACCACCAUCAGUGCCACGCAGCAGCGGAUGCCAGUUCAGGCUCACGUCCCAGGAAGUGCAGGGUAUGUGCUGCGCUGCGAGUGGCGGAUUCAGAUUAUGAAGCGGUCUGCAAAGUUCCCAGAAAAGUGGGUCGGAGCACCUCCUGCGGUCCCUCUACACGGUACUCCAGUAGUGUCCAGGGCAGUGCAGAGGAGUCCGUCCCAUCUGCUCCACUCCCAGAAUCCGAGCCUGCUGAGAACAACCAGACUCAACAUCCAAGUGAUGCAGAUUGCACCGGUGUGAGUCCUGCCUCAUCUCUGGAGUCAUUGGACACUGCUGUCGAUGUGACCCAAGAGUCUUGCCCAAAAGUCAAUUCAAAAAUCACACACACAGAGACAGAAGAGGAACAAUCUUCUACCGAAAGGCCAGAGUCUCUCUCUGGAUGCACCUCUAGACCAGGCUCUGUGUGUGGACUUGAGUUGGCCCUCAGUCUGCUUAGAAACUUUGAAUAUCGCCCCAUCCAGAGCCCCCGAGGUAGUCGGAUUCCUGUGCCCAUCAAACCUACCACUACACCAAUGGAAAGUACUUACCCUCUGCUACAAGUGCCUCCCACAGAUAUGGAGUGUCCCCUCUCCCCCCAUCUUCCAGAUGCUCUGUCCAGCAUUCAACAGGAACUGCAGCUUGAGUUGUCUGAAAUGGAGGACCUGUGGCUGGAUGAUUAUGUGCAGUGCAGGCCAUUGGGCUUUCAAAAGAGUUUGAUUGAGGAGCAGCAAUCUCAGCUGGUGCAGUAUGAGAAUGCAGCGGGUCAGUGUGUGAGCGAGCUGCAGAAGGCUCAACAGCAGGUCCAGUCUCUACAGGCCAAGAUAAAAGAGAAUGAGGUCAACAAUAAGAAGCUACAGCAGAGGCUCGGAGAGAUGGAAAGUGAACUACACACUGUCAGAGAAGCAGCAUGUGAUCAGGAGAGAACAAUACAGACCUUGAGUGACUCGCUCAACACUAAAGACUGUGAGAUCACUGAUCUCCACCAGCUCAUUGAUGAACAGAAGGAGCUUUUGCGCUCUCUGAAGCAACAGAACAACCAUAACCAGCUUCAGCAGCAGCAGAUGUCUGGAGUGGCUCCGAAUCGCUUGCAGACCGAUCUGUUGGACCUUCAGGGGUCUCUGUUCUCAGCCCAGCUGGAGCUGCAAGGCCUCCAAAGGGCACAGCUACAAGGCCAGAGACGAGAAGAUGAUCUGGCCCGCUCGAACCAGCGGCUCCAAGCUGACCUGCAGGGAGCCCUGCAGCACCGACAUGAGGCAGAAAGACACAAUCAGGAUCUACUGGCUGCUCUAGAGAGGGCUCGCUUCAAGUCGCAGCAAAUGGAGGAAAAAUUUGAAGAUGAAUGGAGACGGAGAGAGAAAGAGGAUGAGGAACGAGAGAGGACCAUCCGAAAGAUGAAGACCUCGAUAGAGAACAAAGAGCGUCUGAUACAAGACUACAGUGAACUGGUGGAUGACCAGAGAGAGACAACCGGGAAUAGAGACAAUCUCAUCCACAAGCUAAAACAACGCAUUCAGGAAAGGGAUAGAACAUUGGAGCGAGCGAUAGAUGAGAAGUUUGCGUGCGUGGAACAGAAAGAAGACGAGGUGCGUAAUCUGCAGCUGGUUCUGAGAGAGAAAGAGAGAGACCUGGAGAAACUCCGCUGUGUGUUGUCCAAUAACGAGGAAACCAUCAUGAGUCUGGAGUUGCUGCUGCGUGGUAAAAGUUUAGAGCUGGAGCAGGUGUGUGAGGCCUGGCGCAGUGCUCAGUGUGUUCAGCGUGAAAGAGAGGAGUCACACACACGUAGUCUGCGAGAAAGAGACGCUCUGAUCAGCCAGCUGCAGACGUCACUCCAUACACGCACCAAAGAGGCUGAGGAGAUGACUGCAGUUCUACUCAGUAAGGUGUCGAUCGGUUCCAGUGAGGUGGUUGAGGAGCUUAAGUCUCGGCUACAGCUAAAGGAGCGUUUGUUCCAGGAUCUGCUGUCGGACCACAGCAGACAGACUCAAGAGCACCACUCACAGGUCCAGGCCCUGCUUAACACCAUCAACACAAGAGAACAAUACAUCAAGGAUUCUGCAGAGCGUGUGGGUCAGGUGAUGGCCGAACAGACUGCUCGAUUGCAGGAGCUUCGCAGACAGCUUGAGUCAACAGGUCCUCAGCAGACUACAGAAGAGUCUCCGUCUGACACACAGACACUUCAGGAUGAUCUCCAUCUGGCUCUGCGCAGGGAAAGAGAGGCCCAGAACCAGCUGUCUGCCUUGCGGUCCAUCCUAGCCGGCCACCAAGACCAACUCCAGGCCUCAGAUCUGGAGGCCUUGACCAAGACUUUGAGUAUUAAAGAGGAAAUAAUCAAGGACUUGCAGAUGCAGUUGGUGGAGCCGUCAGGUUUGCCGCUGGUCGAGCGACUUACCCAAGAGCUGCAGGAGCUGAGAGAGAGGGUGGGACAUCAGGAUCGCACUUGCAUUAAUCACAAGCAGGCUGUGCUCGAUACACUGGUGCCCAUGGAAACCGGACAGGCAGCCACACCUCAUGCUGAUUUUGGAGGUUUCAUCUCAGAUUAUGGAGAGGAGGAUGAUGAAGACUGCAAUAGUGAGUUUGCAGACAGUGCCGAAGAUGAGGAGCGCUUCAAACUGACAGCUCAGUCUUUGGUCAGCAUGCAGAGUUGUGAUCAGCAUAGGGGAUUCAGGGGCUGCCAGGAUGCAGUGGCUGAGGGUCAGGGGCUGGCAGAGGUCAAGCUACUGGUGGAGCAGAAGAGGGCGGUAGAGAGAGAGCUGAUGGAGCUCAAGUCUCAACUGGAGAAGGCUGGUUUCUCCUCCCUCUCUCAGAUGAGGAAGGCUUUCUUUACCCUCCACUCUGAGAAAGAGGAGCUCCAGAGUAUGGUGACAGGAAGAAAGCCCAUGAAUGAUGGACAGAAGAUUACAGCAGAUAGGGCUGAUGGACAGUUAGUGGAUUCAGCUAGUACGGAGGCCUGUGAGUGCGUGUCUGGAGGGGAGCCAAUAAGAGAGCAGGCGGUGCGUCUGAAGUCUGAUCUUGAGCAGGUGCAGCAGGAGAGCAAAGAGCUUCAGGAGAGACUCAUGGUAUCAGAGGCCACAGUUCAGGCUCAGGCCGAGCAAAUUAAAGACUUUAGAGAACUUCUUACAGAAACAUCAGUACAGCAGGAUAAUAAGCAGGUUCAGGUGGACAUCCAGGAUCUGGGCUAUGAGACAUCUGGCCGAAGUGAGAACGAGGCAGAGAGAGAAGACGCCAGCAGUCCAGAAUUUGAUGAUCUGGAGCUGUGCACAUCUCUCUCAUAUCAUGACGGGGGCUCUCAGUGGUGGGGUGCUUCCAGCUCACUGAACUCUGGCAAGACUGAACAUGACGUGACCUACCUGCAGCACCUAGUUGAGGACCUGCGCAGUCAGCUCUCCCGGUCUCAGGCUCUGAUCCACAACUUACAGGCCCAAACACAUGAUCACACCCCAGUCAGCACUCCCCGUAUGGUCAACUGGGGCUUGGAUAACUGUGAGGCACAGAGUGCAACAGAGGAAGACGAGGGCUGGCAGUCAUCUGAUGGGUUUGGCUCACUUCCCCGUCAGCCCAAACAAGGCCGAGAGCUGCAAGAGCUUAUAUCCCGAGUGACAUCACUGGAGGAGCAGCUCAGGAAGGGCAAAGGUCAUGCAGAGGAUGGCAAAACCGCAAACUGGCCAGGUAAGUUUGACACGCUGAUCCAAGCGCAGGCCCGCGAGCUGUCUCAUCUGCGUCAGAGGAUGCGUGAGGGCCGUGGCAUGUGCCACAUUCUGACUCAGCAUCUGAGAGACACCAACAAGGCCUUUGAAGAACUGCUGCGCUCCAACGACAUUGAUUACUACAUGGGUCAGAGCUUCAGAGACCAGCUUUCACAGAGCAUCUCACUCACCCAGAGAGUCAGCACAAAGAUCAGUGGCCGUGAUCACUCUGAAGUCCCAGAUGAUAAAUCAGGCCAUGAGCUGCUUGCAAUACAGCUGAGUAAGGAGCUACAACAGAAAAACAAACUCAUCGAGUCGCUAUGUUCUAAACUCGACCAGCAACAACCACGAUCAGAAACACCUGCUAGCAGCCAGGCGCUGUCAGAGGCCACAGACCAAUCAGAUAGGACUUCUUUUAUGUCGGAUGACCCUGGCUCAAACAUUGAGGAUCUGGAGAUUUGCUCGGAACUGGAUGCUGCCAGUGAAUAUGACAGAGAGGACGCUACAAGAAGUGUCACAGACUCACAAAGUCAUAGAGGCCCAGCCUCAUUACGUCCAUCCAACCCUCCAUCCGUUACAUCCUCUCUCAGCAAUCAGUCCUCCAACACCUCUCCCAGCAUACACUGUACACCUCACAGACCACUGAAAACCCAAGCACAGACAGGCCUCUCUGCUGGUCCUCUGUCCAGCUCCCUUUCCUUCUCCACCUCCCCCCACUGUCUCCUCAACCCCUUAUCUCAAAUGUCCACUCAACCUGUGUUUGAUUCUCAAGCUCAUCCCUUGAGAACCCGUCACCACUAUGGUGGGGGAUUCUCAGUGGCAGAGGUUCACCAAGAGCUUCAAAUGCUCCAGAGACAGCUGGGAAACAGCUACCAUGGUCCUCAAGCCCAACCUCUGCCUGGAUUUCCACUGGGCUCCCACACUCAGCCAGAUCAUAGCGGCUUACACCCACUAUCCCAUCAUGCCUUUGAACAGUCAAUUCUAAGCAGCCAUCACACUAGUCCUGCUAUGAAAUCAGGGGCGAGCAUCCUGGAGAGCAGUGCAAUGUGGGAUAUUACGUGUGGCCCGAAACCGUUAAGACCAGGCACUUAUGGAGAUGUGUGCUCUGGUUCUUCAGGAUAUAAGUCAGGCCAUACAGGUGCCGACUUGAUGGAGGAGCACCUUAGGGAGAUUCGGACUCUCAGACAGCGUCUAGAAGACUCUAUCCGGACCAACGACCGUCUGAGAAAACAGCUGGAGGAGAGACUGGCCUCUUCUGCACGAAAUGGAGCUGGUGGAGCACCCACUAACAUCUACAUCCAGGGGCUUGAUUCAGUCGGUAAGCUGUCCAGUGAGAUUCGAGUGCUGAAAGAGGACAAUCACGCCCUACAGAACCAACUCCAGCAGGUCAGGACAGAUGGCAGUAAAGAGAGAGAUCGGCUGAGAGAGGCGGUUCUGUCUGGGCAUGGCCAGUUGAAGCAGGCUGAGCUAGAGGCGGACAGGUGGGCGGAUCAGUGCAGAAGACUGCAGGCUAAAAUCAGAGACCAGGAUCAGGCAAUACUGCAGCUCAAACAAGAGAAACAGAAUAGCCUGGACAACAACACCAGGCUACAGCAUGAAGUAAGUGUUCUCCAGCAGCAGUUGAGUGAGAGUCAGCGACUAGUACACACUCUGCAGUGUGAACUACAAGUGUACCAGAGAGUCUGUGGUACUACUGAGAGCAGCAAAGGCUCAGGGUUGAGUUUGACCUUCGACCUGCAAGAGUCUAACAUACAUUUGUUGGAGCAGCAGUUGAGAGAGAGGCUGGACCAGUGUAUGCCCCGGUCCUCAGCCAGGAAACAGCUCUUCCAUGAACAGUCUCCAUCUCCUCCAGUUCGAGAUACAGGGUUCUCCAGCCCUGCUUCACCAGCCGUGGAACUAGUUGACCAGAAGUCUUUUGCUAACGACUCAUCUAAGCCUGGCUCUGAAGGUCUAGAUGGUGAGGCCCCUGACGGCUCCUUUGCCUGCAGAACUGGACGUCAUGUGAUUGGCCAUGUGGAUGAUUUCAGUGCUCUACAGCAGCAGCUACUGGAAGGGAAGGUGGUUAUCCACAAGAUGGAGGCAGCACUGCAAUCCAGCACAGAACAUGACCUACCGGAGGUCUAUAUGAGGAACUUGAUCACCAGCACUAAGACAUUGAAGCAGAUUCUGGAGGAGACAUGCUCUCUCUUAAGUAUGUUCUGGAGGGCAGCUCUGCCCAGCAGUGACGCCUCUGCACAGCAGUUUAAAAAGGAGCAGUCUCUGAGAAAGGAGGUUGUCUCACUUAGGUGUAAGCUGUCCGAACAAGAGCAACUUCUCAGGCACACUGUGGAGAACCUGAGGGCCUCCAGUCGCACUAAAGACAGCAUGGAGCAAUUCAUUGUCAGUCAGCUCUCAAGAACACGAGAUGUGCUGAAACAGGCUCGCUCAAAUCUAGUGAACAAUGAACUCAAGAUUGCCUCUCUAGGCUGCACCCCUGUUCCUUCAUCCUUCUAUUCCUUCUCCACCACUCCUUCUUGGUCUGCUAGAGGUGAGGUCACAGGAGUCUCCAUCAAACAUGCCCCCUCUCUUGGUUGGAAUAUCAUGACCCUUAAUGCUCAGGAACAGCACAAAAUGAGGAGUGAUAGACAGCGCCUUCUAGAGGUUUCCUGCAGAACAGGCUCAAGACUUGGUGCUGCCGUGUCCUCAUGAGGUUUUAAAUUAAUUCACCCUAAAUAGCAUAAGGGAUAUCCAGAAUUAUUUUAAUGUUACACUGUUCUCAGAGAUAUGUAUUAUUUGUGUGAUGCAUUCAAGCUACAGUUAAGAGUGCCCAGCUGUGCGUAUGUAUGUAAUGUUUUGGAAAGCCGAACCAUUUUACUUUUCAUGCAAAUGAUAUCUCUCAAAGUUAUAGAUGACACCGAGUAGAUUCAUAUUAUAGUCAUUUGAAUUACAAAUCAAGUCUUUAACCAAAGUAGCAUCUUGUGGGUUUCUGUUUGGUGUUAAGGUUUAUGUCGAACCGGCAACACUAAUAAUGUGCAAUUAUAAUACAACUGUGCUACCAGCCUCGCCUUCUACACGGUAUUGUAACCCCAGGGAUGAGCUAAAGACCGAUGGUGCAAUAAUACUUUAAUGAACCUGUUACUAUAGUCUUGAAAUGGGAAUAUCCCAAUAAGAGAUCUUUUUUGUUACUGCCAAAGUAUGAGUCUGUUGCUUUUUAUGUGCUAACUUUCUACAGUAUUUUGACCAUUUCAACAUAAUGUCCAUUUAUUUUUGGGGGGUCAAAUUUUGUUUUCUUUACAUUUUUCUUUAACUUUUUUCAAAUUACCUUUGGGUUUUGGUCCAAAACAAGUCCGUGUUUUAAAUUUGUAUUUGCUGUAUCAGCUUUUCCUAAUGGACCAGUUUACUUUUGUUCUUGUUUUUCUCUUUUUUUUUUUCUACUCUUUUCUUUUUUUUCUUUUCUUUCCUUUCCUUUUCUAUUUCCUUUUAUUUUGUCCUUUUUAUUAUUGACAUGCAAAGUCUAUUCAUUAGUUUUCAUGAGAUAAAAAAGAAUCACUUGAAAUAAUAUCUCACUACUGCAUUAAAUUAUAAUUUUGUUAGACAUUGCAGACAGAUUUGCAUAAUCUGUUGAUUUUGAAAGACUGUAUGUAGAUUUACUGUUCUAGCUGUAUGUGGGGUUGAAAGAUUGCAUUGUGAAAAGCCUGUUGCUCUUGCAUGAACCACACAACUUAAAGGCUAUCACAUGCAGUAUUUCAGUAGUUCACAACAAUGCAAUAUGUCCUGGGGUUUCUGGUCUGGUGCAAUGAUGUUUUGCUCUGUAUACGAUGUGUUCAUGAGCUCUUUAUGAGAAGCUUGUUUACGGCUAUCAUUAGGUCAGGCAUGCAAAAACAAAAAAUGUAUGUUGUAUUGUGAACUCCUGAGACAAAUGAGAACACAAAAAUAAGUGUGGGGUUUGGCCAAAUUAAGUCGAUCUUGCACUCUCUCUGUCUCUAUGACAAUCAAUUUUAUUUUAUUUUUUUCAAAUUUUCAGUUGUUUUAAGAUAUAGGUAGCAAUACAAUUUGUUUCGAAAUUUCUCUUUGUAAAGUGAUGUAAAUUGAGUAGUGCAUGUGAAUUUCAAGAAAAGGUAUGCAGUAGAAAAUUCUAAACAAAAAGGGAAAAUAUAAUAAAAGACGAUUUAUAC